UCUCUACUAUUUAUACGGUAACUUCUAGAACAUGGCUGCAUCUUCGCGUGGCGUUGAACGUGUCCUUGCGAAAUGCGAGGCAUGUAUCAAAGCAGGAAACUAUUAUGAAGCUCAUCAGAUGUUUAGAACAGUGUCAUUUAGGUAUUGGAUAUUGAUUUUAACUGACAUUUGAGACCUAUAUAGAAAUUCUCAAUGAGACAAUGGGCACGUAUUUGGGAAAAUUUGCUCGUUCCGGUGUUAGACAAAUAGCCUUUUAUCGAUAACUUAUGUUUUCCAUAGAAACAAGCUAAAAAAUGUAAUUUAAAAUAAGUUUUUAUAGGAAAACUUUAUUAGCAACGAAAUGCACCACUACGAUAGACUUUCAUCUUUGACCUCUUUCCUUAAAUCAUUUCUUUAGGCCCUAUAUAUAUAUGCCUAAAUAAUACAGAGCUAAUUUCUAGCUUUGAUUUUGUCCUUUGAUUUUGAUGGGCUACCAGUCAGACUACACCUCAGUUUCUGUGACAGGGGGCUCAGUGGGGGCCAGUUGAUUGUAACUGUCAGUGUCUGAGUGUGAGAACACACAAUACAGUAUACUCAAGUUGAGUUAAGGUGACCAUCCAUACUAUUUUAUGUACAGUAUGAUUUUCGGACAUUUGUCCUAGUCCUGGUCCUGGUUAGUGGUGAGUUGUAACCAGUUCAUAAUUAAAAUUAAAGACUACAAAUUACAAAAUUAAAAAAAAAUUAUUAAUUUAAUAUUUUGGGUAGCCUACAUCUGAUUCUGAUAUUCCUGCAUAAAUAAUAAAAACAACUAGGAUAGGCCUAAAUAAAUAUAUAUAUUAUAAUAAUAUAUAUAUUGAUAUUAUAAAAUUCAUAAAAAUUACUAUAAUUAGCAUCACAAUAACAAUGGUAUUUUUUUUUGAAAAGAACACCACAUGACAGAAAAGUUAUCAGUGCAAACAAACACAAAAUUGUUUGUUUUUGGACACCCAUGCCAAUGGUGCCAAAACUAUUUUAAAUAUCCUGGUUUUAAUUUUGAAAAAAAAAUGGUAUAAAUGAUUUUUUUUCAGAUUUUUAAAAUUAACUUCUGCAUCCAAGUCCAAUGCAUCAAAAAAAUUUUUAGUUCAUGACAUACAUGCUGCCAAGCUGUGGGAUUAAAAACUGUACAAAACUCCCCCACAAAAACCUAUAAAAAAGGUCCCCUAAACAAAUUGUACAACAGCAGGAAAAACUGUACCAAAAAAAGAAAAAUUAAUUUAUAAUUUUUACAUUCACUUAUCAAUGCUUCGAAAUAAAUGCAUGCAAACUUUGUCGUCUUGAUAAUUUCUGGAUUAGUUUAAAAACCCCAAAAAUAAGAAUCAAAUAUAGAUGUGAUUGCAGUAAAAUAUGCAAAUAAGAUCUUCGUCCUUGUAAGUAUUUCUACAUAAUGGGGGUGAGAAAAAAAAUAAUUUAAACCCAAUAUUAAUAUUAGGGGUAGAAUUUCCCUUCAUACUUCAUUGCCUCAAAGUUUCGAUCUUGUAACUAUGCUUUAUGUCAUAAGUGCCCAAGCAUGCACUUAAUGUCUUUUUCUCUAAAUGCCUGUUAUCUUCCGAUUGAUGAGAGGCUUUGAUAAUGCCAGGAUACUCAGUCAGACAAUCACUUAGAAACUUACCCCAGUGCGUGUCUAAUUCCAACUUUCUUGAAAAAAAUAAAUUAGUUUAACCCACUUAUUUGGAAGUUUCUGGCUGGAGUAAAUAAUAAAUAAAAAAAGAAAACAACAUAUGAUUCUUACUAAUUCUUCUCUCUAAAUAAAAUAUAGGUCUACUAAAACAACAAAUAAAAUAGCACCCGCUUUAGUUUUAGAAAGUUAUAAUUAUAACACAUUGUCAUGUAUGGUUCACAAGGUCUAUAAAUGACUCUUAUGAGAUGCUAACAUAUGAAAGAGUAGGCUUAUUUCAUUUUUAAAAAAAUUUAAUUAAAAAAUUAUAGCUGAUUUUCCAUUAUUUCUGACUUAAUAACUCACUAUUAAAUAGUUACUGUAGGCUUGUUAAAAGCAGAGGAUACCAUUAAUACAUCUUUCUUGUUAGCCUUAUAUUUCACCUUUUGCAAUUCAGUAAUGUUUGCAAGUAUAUAGUUUUUUUUAAUGAAAAUGCUAUCAAAUUUUCUUUCAUAUCUUCCGUGUUAUUUUAACUCAGUGUAGAUUUAAUUAUUUUUUCCCCUAGAUACAAUAGCCAACAAAAAUUUGCAGAGGCUGCUGACUUACUGUAUAGAGGUGCCUUAAUUUUGCUUCAGCACAACCAGGUACUCAAAUAGUAUUUGCUAAAGUUCUUCUUCGUAACAGUGUUUACAGUCCUAAUUGAAAUUUUUAAAUAUUUUUCUCACUUAGAAAAAGCAUUGGGAAAAUAAGCCUUUAUCUUUACAAACAAAAAUUAACCAGGAGUUUCUUGGAUCAAGUAAUAUCAUUGUGAUGUUGAAAAUAUCUUUAAAUAUCAAAUAUACCCAAGUUAAUACUCUGCAAAUCUUGAUUUUUAAACUUGUCAUUUAACAAAAAUAAUGGAAAAAAAACAUAACUUAUCAUAUUCUGUACAUGAAUUACACAAUGUUUCUUAGUUUUUUAAAUACAAUCAUCUUCUCAAAAUUAUAAAUCACUGAUGUUAAAAUUGUACCUCAUAAGAUAUGUGGUGGAAUUAUUUUUUGUUCAACAUACAAAAAGAAAGAUAUAUGAUCCAAUUAAAAAAACAAUUUUGUGAGGUGUUGUGAAAGGGUGACACGUGCUACUGUAUUAUCUUUGCAUGCAUAUCAUAAAAUUGUCACAUCUUACUUGACAUAUUUUACCAUCCUAAUUUUAUUUUAGCACAGCAGUGGAGCAGAUUUAAGUCUCCUUCUCCUGGAAUCAUUGAACAAAGCCAAGUCCCCUGUAACAGAAGAUGCAAUUAGUGAGUCCUACUGCUUGAUAUCAAUAUUAUAUUCAUCUAGAAAGUUACUUUUUCUGCACUGUGGACACACGAUUUUUGUAUUCAUAGGUUUAUAGUUUGUAAAAAAACAAGUAAUUAAUACACAUGAGAAUUUAAGAGUACAAUAUAUGGUUGUAUUUCCCAACAUACAGGCUACAGAGGAGAAUUGAAAUAAUAUUUUGCAAAACAUACUUCUAAAAAAUUUUUAAAAUUCGUUUCACCGAUAAUAUUUGUCCUAAAAAUAUUAGCUGUAUUUUUUCUGUUGUUUUUAUGAAGAAUGUUCUUAUAUCACUAUUUUAGUGAUUAAGAAAAUUAUGAAAAGAAGAUGUCCCAUCUCUUAUCAAUAAAUAAAAGAUGAUUGUAAUAAAUGCAAAUGUCUAAAGAAGCUUUUUUUUAAUUUGAUGUAAAAUGUUUGAUUAGCGGUUGCAAGUAAAGAUUAUAUUUCUAAAUUUUUAAUGGACAGAUGUGAAAGAAAGUUUCUGUAAAUGGUAAAGUUUAUGGAAUAAGGCAAACAGUUUUGAAUUCUAAAAAAUAAUAAUAAAAAGUAUGAGGCCUUUAACUUUAACACUCCAGUUUUUUUAGAAUACCUGAAAUUUAUUUAUAAAGAAUAUUUCAGGGACAAAAAAAUUAACUCAUUAUUUAUUGGUAAAAAUAGUGUGUAAUGGGAGGAAAAAACUGGGUGCAUUUCUUAUAUUUUUAUUUUAAACGUUUGUUUUUUUAAAAAACAUUUUGCUGUAUGUCAUGGAAAAUCAGUAACUCAAGUUAGCUUGGUGUAAAAAGCAAAUUUUCUCCAUUUCAAAAUGAUUAAGGCCCCCAAUGUGCUCUACCUAAAUGUAGCAUGAUUUGGGUGUGUGAUCAGAUAGGGAUCAAGUACCACAGAUUUGGAUUCUGGCAAUUUUUUUUCACAUCUUCAUAUGAUGGCUGAACAAAACUUAUUUUUUCCAACAUCACAUGCUAUUUUAUUUUUAAAUUAUAUAUUUUCCUAUGAUUAUUUCAUACAUUAAAAAAAAAACUUGUCAAAUUUAUAAUUGAAUAGCACAAAAAGAAGUGGAUCAGACGUGGAGCUCAGAUAAGGUUGACAAAUUAAUUUUUUUUUGACUGUAAAACGUCUGAAUGAUAAGUCGUAUUAGUAUUUAUUGCUAAAAUUAAUGUGAAAUAAUUUUUUUACAGGUCAGGUAACCAAAUUAUUUGAAGUUAUGGACCCAGAAUGUCCAGAGAGAUAUCCGUAUUUGACAAAGGCUAUUAAUUGGUCCAGCAAAGUCAACAAAGAACACAAGAGAGGUCACCCUGAUUUGCACCAGCGUUUUGGCUUUAUAUUUUGGCAUGGUAAACUCUCCAAUCUAUUAAACACAGAUGAUAUAGGAAAUCACUCUAAUAUCUUAAUAAAUUAUUCAUUAGUAUAUUUUUUUUAAAAAUAGCAUAGUAAUUUUACCAGGGUGUUGCACUGAAAUUUUUUUUGGAUUGAUGCAAUAUUCCAAAAGGUAUAUAAGAAAUCAUUUCAAGAUUUGUUCCGGUGGAGAAUCAUUUUAUGUUUGAAAGAUUCCUCUUUCGGUUACAACACAAGAUCAUUUUUUUUGGUCCUGGUUUUUAUUGCUUGAGAAUGAUGUGUUUUCUCUUUUUUUCCUGUUUUAGGUUUAUUUAUUAAUUUAUUGAACUGUAGGUUACAGAUAGCUAGUUAAUAUUUUGUAAUUUGUAGAAACCUUAAAAGAAAAUCCUUAAUUUUGUUAUCAGAGAGAAAUUAUGCGCAGGCAAGAUAUCACUAUAUUCACUCAAGAGAUGGAGAGGCCUGUGCAGAGAUGCUUUUGGAAUUCCAUACAGCACAUGGUUACCCAUCUGAGGUGGAUAUGUUCAUUACCCAGGCUGUUUUACAGUGAGGUUUUAAUGACUCUAAAUGCUUCAUUAACUUAACUUCCAUUAUCAUUACAGCGAAAUUGUAAUGGUUAAUUAUAAUAAACAACAUAUUCGUCAGCUGUAAGCCUUUUACAAACCAGUUCACAAUGACGGAUUGUAGUUAUAUUAAGCUAAAAGAUUAGAAGUUUCUUUUCCCUUUUAAAACAUCAUGAAAAAAAAUCUAACCUGUUCAAAGAGUCAAAUGAUUUGAUAGAUUUUAAAUAAUUUGUAAGCUGAUUUUCAUAACUUUACAUAAGUUAGUUAUUCCCUUUUUUUGCAGGUACUUGUGCCUUCAAAAUAAAGCAACAGCCAAUGUGUGCUUUGAUGUGUACACACAGAAACACCCUGGAAUAAAACAGACACCACCCUUUAGUUUGCCAUUGCUUAAUUUUAUAUGGAUGUUGCUCAUUGCCUUAGAAGGGUUAGUAUGUUUUUUUACUUUUUUCCGAGCUUUUAAAUAAAACGCAGCCCCUUAACUCAUUAACUACCGUAUGUUUAAAAAAGUCCAUUUACAGCCAAGUGCCAUGAUACGAGCUUUGCAAAAUAGUUUGUUUUUUGUUCUUUUUAAGGUCAAUCCUUGUUUUUAAUGGACAUAUAAGUUAUUGAAAAGCUUAUUCAUCCGGGGAAAAGAAUUAAAAGUUCUGGAACCAUGUUGCAUCAUUAAUUUAUUUAAUGCAAAUGCUAUGUUUCAAUUCAGCUUUUAUUUCUUUUUCCAUUGAUGUCAAAGCUGUCAUGCUAUUAGUUUUUAAUUUAUCAUUAACUAUCAGAAUUAUUUUCUUUUCCAAAGCAUCAGAAUUUCUUUGACUCUAAAUGCAGUUAAAUUGAGCAAGAGUUAUAUUAAUGUCUGCCAUAUACUUUUAGUUUUAGUCUAAAUGCAGUCAAACUGAGCAAGAGUUAUAUUAAUGUCUGCCAUAUACUUUUAGUUUUAGUCUAAAUGCAGUUAAACUGAGCAAGAGUUAUAUUAAUGUCUGCCAUAUACUUUUAGUUUUAGUCUAAAUGCAGUCAAACUGAGCAAGAGUUAUAUUAAUGUCUGCCAUAUACUUUUAGUUUUAGUCUAAAUGCAGUUAAACUGAGCAAGAGUUAUAUUAAUGUCUGCCAUAUACUUUUAGUUUUAGUCUAAAUGCAGUCAAACUGAGCAAGAGUUAUAUUAAUGUCUGCCAUUAAGUUGGAUGACUUGCAACAAACUGAAGCUAAAUGAUGAUAAAACGGAAAUCCUUCUCAUCCACUCUCAAAACAAACCUCUCCCUCCAUCCGCUCCUUCUUCAAUAUCUAUCGGCAACUCUGACAUCACACUCUCUUCCUCUACCAGAAAGCUUGGAGUCACGCUUACAGACACCCUCUCCAUGGACAAACAUGUCACGAACAUCUGCAGAUCAGCAUACAACAAAAUUAGAAAAAUCAGCACCAUUAGACACCACCUCUCAUUUGAUGCCACAAAAACUCUUGUCUCUUCACUCAUUCUUUCAAAAUUUGACUAUUGUAACACUCUUCUUGCAGGCAUUCCUCAACACCACAUAGACAAACUUCAGAAGGCACAGAACUCAGCAUGCAGACUAAUUUUUAAAUCAAAGAAACACGACCACAUUCAACCACACAUGCAGUAACUCCACUGGCUUCCAAUAUCCUCUCGCAUCAAGUAUAAGUCUGCCAAUCUAUGCUUCAACUCUUUCACUUUCACUAACCCUCACUUUCCUGUCUAUCUCUCUGAACUGUUGCUUCUUUACAUCCCCACAAGACAACUACGCUCUUCAACUGACAAUAGAACCCUCUCAAUCCCAAAAACCAAAACUAAGACCAUCGGCGAACGCUCCUUCUACUUCCAUGCGCCCACGUUCUGGAACCAACUCCCCUUCCACAUCUGUCAUUGUGAAACCUCGUCCACUUUCAAAAAGUCCCCUAAAACCCAUCUGUUUAGGUCCGCCUAUGACCUGUGAUGCACCCUCCUUGCCCUACCUCAUUUUCUGUCUCAGGUUGAUCCUGUAUUUAAGUACCGGUAUAUGCCAAAACGUGCCAAGUGUACUUGUUUUUAUAGCCAUUUUAAUGUUUUAGCUACUGUUUUUAUAGUCAUUUUUCACAUUGUAGUUACUACUCUAGUGUCUCUGGUUUUUCAUUUUUAAUUUGCUUUAGCAGUUUAAAUAGUUUACAUAUUUUAAAUAAUUGUAAAGCGCUUAGAGCUGUAAGUGUAAGGUAAGCGCUAUACAAAAAUGCCUAAAUAAUAAUAAUAAUAUACUUUGAGUAAAAAUGCAGGCAAACUGUGCACGCACAAGUUAUAUUAAAGUCUGCCAUAUACUUUAUAAAGACAUAGAUGAAAAUUAAAUUGUUUUUAAAUCAAUUAUUCAUCAAAUAUUUUCUAAGGAGAGUACGCUUUUGUUGUGGGGAUGAAUAAUUUUUUUGGGGUGACUAUUUGUAAAUAUUUACCAACAUUUACAUUUUACACACAUGAUGUAUUUAAAUGUGAAACUUGAUUUGUGUUGAAAAUUUAAAAAAUUACAUGAGAGCAAAUGAAAAAACACAAUAAUCAUGAUAAUGUAAAUCAAAUGUUUUCUUUUUACUCUAAAUAUGUAAUACAUCUAUAUUGUCAGUCAGAAUUUAUUUCAGAAGUGUAUGUGUAAAAAUGUUAUAUACAUGUCAAUGGCCGCAUGGAGAAAUGCUCAUUUCAAGUUCACCAGAACCAAAAAAAAUUUGCUAAAGAAAAUAUAGUGCAGUAUAACUUUGCAUGGAAAUGUCGGCACUCAAAAAUUCACUUCUCUAGUACAUUGAGGGUUUCCCUCUGUUAACUUGGACUACCUUCCUAGUACGUUGAGGGUUUCCCUCUGUUAGCUUGGACUACCUCCUAGUACGUUGAGGGUUUCCCUCUGUUAGCUUGGACUACCUUCCUAGUACAUUGAGGGUUUCCCUCUGUUAGCUUAGACUACCUUCCUAGUAAGUUGAGGGUUUCCCUCUGUUAGCUUGGACUACCUUCCUAGUACGUUGAGGGUUUCCCUCUGUUAGCUUGGACUACCUUCCUAGUAUGUUGAGGGUUUCCCUCUGUUCCCUCUGUUAGCUUGGACUACCUUCCUAGUACGUAGAGGGUUUCCCUCUGUUAGCUAGGACUACCUUCCUAGUAUGUUGAUCGUUUCGCUCUGUUAGCUAGAUAGAUAAAGAAAAAAGUCCACAAUUAAAAUGUGGAUGUGAAGUUAGACAACAAAAGAAAACAAACAUUAAAGUGAAAAUUACCUUUUUAAUUUGUUCAACUAAAAAAUAACAAUUAAUGAUUUUUUUUUUUCAGUGCGCAGAAUAUUAUCCCUGCAACAAAAGGAACUGCACUAACAAACAGUUACAGAUAAGUUACUAAAGUCAUUUUAAUAAAUUUUGAUUUAUUCCAGAGGAAAGAUUGCUGUUUUUACAGUUUUAUGUGAGAAAUACCAAGUAUCUAUAAACAGAGAUCCCAACUACAAAGAGGUAAAGAUUUGUCUGAGCUUUAUGAAAAUGUCUUUUUGUGCUGGUUCUCUUAAUUAAGAGAUGAAUUUUUUAUUACAGUUGUAAAAAAUUGUAAAGAAAUGACUUUGCGCUAACAUUAAAAACCCAAUCCUACUGCAUCUUGUAGUUAAGGGUUAGUGAAGGCGGGCGGGGCUUUCUCAGGAGUGGAAUGUCCCCAACGUGCCGCUUCAUGGCCUGACUGAAAUUAGGAUAGUGGGGUUGGGGAAGACUUAAUGAGCUCUGGCUCGAUUAGUUUGUUGAUUUACUUAAGAGAGGUGGCUAGUGAAGGGUUAUCAUUUUCAUUAAUAAUUGUGGCAAGAUGGGGCAAUUCAAAUUGUGAAGAGAUGCUUGUUUAUAAAAAAUUUUACCCUAAUAUUAAUUUAAAAAAAGUGUUACCUUAAUGCAGGCCUGCACAACAUAUGGCCCGCGGGCCACAUGCAGCCUGCCAGCACCCACUUUGUGGCCCGCGAAAUAUCCAAAUAAUCUUUAUUCCUAUUAUCAGACCUGUUUACCCUCAAACUCUUAAAAUCGUACAAUAUCAUCACAUAAUCGUUCAAUACAUUCUCUUUAAAGAAAAAAUUAACGUGCAGUAUACAUAAUUUAUACACCUCAAAAUCGUACAUUGUACGCCAAAAUCGUAAGAGUAAACAGGUCUGUAUUAUUUUCUCAAUAGCUUUCCCCCUGACCUAUUUUCUUUUGGCCUGCACAAGUCCUGUUUUAUUUUCUUUUGGCCCGCACACGUUUUUCAUAAAGUAUUACGGCCCGCCUUACAUUUUGAGCUGUGCAGGCCUGCCCUAAUGUAUUAUCUGAAUGCACCUAAUGUUACAUUUAUUAAAUAAGUUGGGGGAAAAAAAUUGAAAGCAGAAAAGCUAUGUAAGUCCUUUACCAAAACAUUGUUUUCUUUCAUAAUUGCUUGCAUUGUAAUCUAUAACUUAGUGACCCCCAUUAAGGCUUUGUACUACAAGCAAUCUGGUGUCCUUGGUUAUUCGCUAUGUUAAAAUUUCAAUGAAUAAAGACCUACCUGUAGUUAGUUUCUAUUUUUUUCUCCCUCAGUACCUUGACCAAAUUGGCCAGUUAUUUUUUGGUGUGCCUCCACCUCAAAGAACUCCCCAGGGUAUAUUUGGUAAGUUAAACUACAUACAAAUAAAACCGCAAAAAUUGAUGUGCUUUUCAAAUUUGAUAGAUUUUAAUAUUAAUAUUCAACUGUGUUAUUUUUAUUUCUUUAUUUAAAUUUGCAUUAACAGGGAGCUUACUGCAGAAUGUCCUCGGAGGGACCGGGGAAGACGACGAGGAUGUGGGAACCAGCAGUAAAGUCGGAGUGGCGGGCAGUUCUCAUCCCAACAGUGGUGAUGCCAAAGGUCUAGGCUCAUUUAGUUCUCUGUUCAGCAGCGGCAGCAGCAAUUCGGCAGAUACACCUACAACAUCAAGACCAUCUAAAUUAGAAAAAACUUUGGACCUGGACUAAAGAAUUGUGGAAAUAGCCGGAGAGAGAUUUUGAGAAAAUAACUUUGCAAAAUUUUUUGGUAACCGAGAACAAUUCCCUGGGAUCAGCUAUUCAAUUUUCAAUUGUUACUGACUACACUUAGCUAGUAAGGUUAAGGCAUAAAAAAGUCUGUUGUGGCUGCACUCAGCCAGUAAGGUGAUGGCAGAAAAAGUCUGUUGUUUUUGGAACAUUAUUUAUUUGUUAUGCACAGUAAUAAAAUAAAAUUACAAUAAUAAUUUUUUUAAUAAAAUAUUCCAAACUUCUACCUUGGCACCACCCCCUUCCCCAACCCCAGUAGUAUAAAAAGAGGUGAUAAUGGUCUUCCAUCUCCUAGACUUGCAAGGUAUGUGUUGUUUGGAUAUGAGAUUAUAUUAAGAUUUUAGUGAAUGUUAUUGUGCGACCGUAAUCUGGCAUAGUAAUUUUUUUUUAAAAUGUGAAUUUUUGAAUUAAAUUCUUAGUACUUUUAUUUAAUCAAAUUUACUUUAAGUAGGAGUUUCACUCAAAAACAAGUUGCUACUCAGUAUUUGUUUUAUUUUUGUUCUUCACAUUACAGAUAAUUCUCUGUUGAUCCAACUUCUCAAAUCAGAUAUUUAUAUUGAUAUGGAAAAUAACUUUUUUAAAAUGUCAAC